AUGGCUGCGAGAAAUGGAGGCCUAUCUAAGCCAUCAAAGAUGAGUAGAUCGGGCUCGAUGGACGUUUCUCGCUUUUCUUCGUGCCAGCUGGGAGUCAGAGAUGUUGGAUGGAGUCUUCAAGGCAGUCAAGGGCCAAACCCUGGUAACUAUGCAUUUAAAUACUUGCCCACAACCACACUGCUAGAGGUCAAACAAACCGACCGACAGAGGAUAUUCCUAGUAGCGAUCACGCCGGGCAGAUUGUACAAGUAUGAAGUAGUGAAGACGAAGAGUUGUACUUUCACAUCUCCAGAGCUCAAACUAGUUGUUGCUCUCUCGGAGUUAAGCAGCUUCUAA